CGUCCUCUUGGAUAUAUCUCUAGGCUCUAACUGAGCUUUCAUAUACUUCUUUUCUUCAUAUUUUUGCUUUCAUCUUUUCUCUACCAGAAUCGGACGGGUCUUCUGGUCUCCCUAUCCCAGACCAUCACCUAUUCGAACCGAAUCCACGCAUAUAACGACGACAUGAUCAAGGACAAAAGCCGUCGCACAUGGAGUUCUUUUUCUUUCCACCCUCGUCGGAGGGCCCCUGGCUCCUGGCGCCUCAAGCCUCCUUCCCGCCUGGCCUCGAGGUUACUUGCCCUCGUUGGUUUCGUCGCCCUCUUUCAUCUCGUCGAUUUGCAUCUGCACUUCAGAGAGGCUCUGCGCGCCAAAUAUCUACCGACUCGCUUCACCCUCCUCUCCGCGGAAGACGAGGCGCUUCUUUCCCGACCCGGAUGGGUUCAUCAAGACGGCCCAUCGCAACCGACGGAGAACAUCGACAGAGAGGUCCUAUUAGCGAACCGCCAGGAGUGGCGUAGGUUAGGCGGUGGGCGCGAAGGCGAAGCGUUCGUGUACGACGGCUCCGUCAUCAAGAUAUAUAACGACGGGACCUCGCCCUUCCGAAACUGUUUUCCCGGGGAUGCGACGUCAUUACCAUGGCCGGCAGAAAUCCCGGCUACUUUGUUGCUCGGUGGAUUUCAAGGCUAUCAAGAAGGUACAGAUGAGGAUGAGGAUGAGGCUUCCAUGUUCCGCUCGGGUUUCAUGCCGGUGCGUGACUACUUCCUCGCUUCCGUGCCCGCAAGUCACGGGGGGCCAACGUCGCCAAAAUGGCACCUAGUCACGCCUUUUCUUUCGUCGGGAACGCUCGAGACGCUGGCCUCAAGAAUCCGCCGCGAAGGCGAGGCCAAUUCUCAGUCCCCGUCUUCCCCGUCGCCGCCGCCAUCCUACCGCGAGGUGGACAGGAGGUACCGCCCCGCGUUCGAGGGGCUCCUCGCCGCCCUGGAGCGCAUGCACGAGCAGCGACAGCUUUGCCACGACGACAUCAAGCCCGAGAACAUCUUCGUCGCCUCGGACCCGAUGCAGCAUGGGGAACGACCUGCCCGAUGGGUCCUCGCCGAUCUGGGAAACGCUCGACACCCGGACCACGCCUACCACCGCUCCUCGGCGCUCUGGACGGCCGACACGAACCAGCUGAGGGAUUGUCGUGCCAACGACGUCGUGAGGCUCGUCAAGUCGUAUGCCGCUUUCGUGCGCGCCGCCUGUGCCGAUCGGGCUGCCUUCGACGCCGCCUUUGCCGAGGGCGUUGGGCCCCUGAGCAGGAUGUAUUGGGCCGUGGUGGCAAAGAUGAUGGAUCGAGAAAACGGCAGGUUUGAAAAAGCCGAUGGCGGUGGUGUCUUUGCCGCACGGGCUGCGGCUCAUUUAUCUCGGUUCUACUCUGGCUCUACUGAAACGGAUAGUGACUAUCGUGAGUAUGGCGACGAAGAGGACGCGGCCCGUCUUGGUACUGGAGUGGAGGAAGAGGGAAGCGGGAGAUGGUCGCAACACGAAAGGGGAAAGGGCUCGCAAGGGUUGCUGGGCCAGAUGCUACGAAGUCUGACAGGCUUUGAGGAGGGUGCCCUGAGGGUGGAAGUGUCGCGGGCCUUGAGAGUCGGGGCCAGCGAGAGGAUGGGAACCGUGUUUGGCCUUUCGCCUCUCCUUGGCGUCCCGGUUUCCGGGUGUCGCGUGGUCAAGGAGGAACAAUAGAGGGGAAGGAAGAAAGAAAAUAGAACCGAAGAGGGCUUUACAUGCGAUGACGAGCUCAUGAUACUGUUAGGAAUGCUGAGACGAUGAUACCCCUUUUUCGGAGCAUCUUUGCUUGAACAAGAUGGCCUUGUCUCUCCGAUCUUGUUUUUCCUUCUCUACAUCCCCUCCUGAUCCCCUCCUGAUCCUACUUGUUUCUUUCCUUUGGUCUCCUACUCCUAUCCCAGUAUUUAGUUCUCCAUUCCUAUUGUAAAUAUUCUUUCUUGUUCUUAUCAUGUUUAGGGCUUUUACAUAGUUACGAGUGUAGGUUUUUGAACC